UCCGGCAAGGCUACUGCAUCACGACUGCGCAUCUGACAUGCGCAGAUACUCUCGGCGCGCUAUCGUGCGCCUAUAUAAUCAGUGACUGAAUAAACCGAUCGUUCUUCUUGUUCUGGCCAUCAUGCUGUAUCGUCGUCCUUGCUAGUUACAUGGUGUCAGAAGUGGCCGCCGCGGACCGAAGCACGGCAGCAACGGCGCGGAAUCGCCAUGGACCUACUGAAGCCGCCGGAGCCAUUGCGCCUAUCGGGCAACUUGUCUGAAAAUUGGAAGCGCUUCAAGCAAAGGUUCGAGCUUUUUCUGCAAGCAACGGCAGUCGAGAAGGCCCCGAGAAGUGACUCCUCGAAAGUGUCACUCUUGCUGAGCUUCGCGGGAGACGAAGUGCUCGACAUCUUCAACAACUUUCAGUACGGCCCCGAAGAAAGCAAGGAAUGUUACGACACGGUCGUGCAGAAGUUCGACGCCUACUUCUCCGAGAUUCGGGCGACGACUUCUGGCUGGGCCUGCUGGCCUACCGCUCUACCCCACUGGAGGACGGGCGAUCCCCUGGUGAACUACUACAAGGAAGGCGCCUUCGCGCCAACCUCCCGGACUUCAGUGCGGUGACCGCAACCGACGUCAAGAAGCACAGCCAGGCCCAAGGGGGAAGACCUUUGCCUCCUCUGCAGAAGGGUGUCGUCGUGAGGCUCAGAGACGCUGCAUGGUCCCGAAAAGCUCAAGUGGUGGGUUCGCCAUAUCCAAGGUCCUACCUUGUCAAAACGGAGGACCAGAAGCUGUUAAGGCGCAACCGUCGUCACCUACUUCAAACUGGCGAAUGGUUCAUCGAGGAAAGCGACGACGACAUUGAUUCCAGCUCAGCGGACAACAACGUUGGUGGCCAUCCGACAGUGGCAACUUCAACCUCGCCAGCCAACGGCCGACGUCGCGAAGUUCCGACGUCGGGCGACCCUUCGCCACCUGUGGUGCGUCAGUCAACUUCACCACCGACGCCAGCUUUGAGAAGGUCGACUCGAACCGUGAAGCCACCACAGCGUCUUCAUUAUGACAAGGACUUUAACCAAGUGUGUGAUAUCAUAUUUUGAAGUGCCA